CUUCUAUCCACAAGGGGAUGUAGCUCAGAUGGUAGAGCGCUCGCUUAGCGCACGGGGAUCGAUAUCCCGCAUCUCCAUUAAAUUCUCUUAUUUUCUAGUCUUUUUAAUUCAUUUCUCCACAGCUGCAGAUUUCCUGGUGGUUGCAAAGAGAACAUGUCCUUUUUCUACCUUUCCUUCUCUUGAAAAGCUCUCACAAUGGCAUUCUCAGUCUUUCCAAAGCAGAAAUGCUUCAUCCUCAGUCUAAUUUGCAUUGCCAUAUUUUGCUGCUCCUCAGGAUAUGCACAGGACAACCCUGGGCAAGAGGUAGCAAAUGCCCUAUUGUGUUUCAAUAAUAAGCUUAUCUAUAUUGGAUGUAAUGAGGCAUAUAGAUUGAACCCGAGUGGGAACAUUGAUGUACCUCCUGUGGCUGCUGACUUAUUCUGUAAUGGACCUUGCCUAGCCGAAACACAAGAAGUUCUCAAUUGCAUUGAUAAACUCUUUUCAAACUUCAUGUUCCACAAUAAGGCGACCAUACCUUCAGUGAGAUAUGCACUAGACGCUGGCUGCAGCUACACCAGCCAAAGAGGGAAUUUCAAUGUGGGACAGUAUAUUGAAGGAGUAACAAGCAAUGCACACCGAUUGCCAAACUCGAUCAGCUUCCACACUUUCAUGCUUAUUAUUGUUUGCUGUUUUUCCAUCUCAUAUGACAGUUUGAAGUAUCAUUGGAGAAAAUGAUAACAUACGAUGUCCGAUGGCUGUCUUGAUGUACUUCAUUUAGAAGAAUGUAACCAAGUUUUUUCUUUCUUUA